CUUGAAUCUCCCCUCUUCAAGAACCUCUCUCUCUCUCUCUCUCUCGUGUGCAAGAAUCCCCACAAACCCUAAUUCCAUGAUUUACAGACUCAACAAUCACAACUAUUUCCCAAAAAAAUGACCUCAAACCAUAGCACCACCACCACAACCACCAGCGGCGGUGGUGGACCUUGCGGCGCAUGCAAGUUCUUGAGGAGGAAGUGCAUGGCUGGUUGCAUAUUCGCACCAUACUUCGAUUCGGAACAAGGUGCGGCCCAUUUUGCGGCGGUGCACAAGGUGUUCGGAGCGAGCAACGUUUCCAAGUUGCUCCACCAUGUUCCGGCGCACAAGCGGCUCGACGCCGUCGUCACCAUAUGUUAUGAAGCGCAGGCUCGGCUUAGAGACCCUGUCUACGGCUGUGUUGCUCACAUCUUCGCCCUCCAGCAACAGAAGGUGAAUUUACAAGCAGAACUUUCCUACUUACAAGCCCACCUUGCAACAUUAGAGCUUCCAAUUCCACUACCACCUCUGCCACCGCAACCACUACUCAUGCCGCCUACCCUCUCACUAGAGGAUCUCCCAUCAACAUCCUCCAUGCCUCAUGCGAAUGACUUAUCGUUACUCUUUGAACCAAUUGUGCAACCCUCAUGGACAAUGCAACAUCGCCAAAUCAAUCCACGACAAUUCGGAGACACUAGAACUCCAUCCGACAUUCUGUCAUCUAUCGAAGACAACAAUGGUAGCGGUGAUCUCCAAGCAGUGGCACAAGAACUUAUACGUAGGCGUAGGCCUCCACCAGUGCAAUGCCUUGAAGCUAAACCUUUGCCACCACACUCUAAAUGAGCCUAACCCCAAUUAACUGGUAUUUGGCAUGGAUCCAUUACGUCGGGUCUUAGAUUUUUUUUAUUUUUUAUUUUUUUAAUGGGCAAAGUAACUUUAGUAACUGAUAUAUGUAUUUAUUUUUUUUAUCUUAAUUCCUUUUAUUUGUUUCUUUAAAAAAACACUAUUGAAAUUCAAUGUUAGUUUAUAUACAUCUAACCUAGCAUUAUAAUUUGUUCUGUU